AUGGAUAUCGAUCAGAAUACCACCCGGGGUAUCUGGGAUGCCUGGGCCGCUCAUCAAAUUGAACAGCAAGAUUCCCAGACGAAAAACCAAUUACGCUGCCCUUAUGCAGGCUAUCGCCAGUACUUAGCAUACAGGGCGAAAACACCUGGGGAACCGAUUAACGGGUUGUUUACGCGCCUACAGGAAACCGAGAAAUACCUAGCUUACGGUCCCGGUUUGGAUACCGUGAAAAAAGUACAGCUCGAGAAUGAUAAGCCCGAUCUAGCUGUCGUCGAGGGAUGCAGCAAGCAGGCUGCCGGUCAAGGCUCCCCUCGGGAGGAGCCGUGGCUGGAAGAACCGUCCUUGCUCCAGCUCGACGAUGGUGAAGAAAAGGCUUACAGUGGCGAGCACGAAUGCGAUCGAGGGGUGGGAGAGAAGGAGUGGGAAGAACAGCAGUACUUGCUCGACAGAGACGGGCAAAACUACAGCAAUGAUCCUAUUCCGGAUGAAUACCGCCCUGAGACGUCGGCUGAAGUAGAUGAGUACACCCUGUUAGACGAGUACACUCAGUCAGAAGAGUACACUCAGUCAGAAGAGUACACUCAGUCUGACGAGUACGUCCAGGAAGAAGAGGAUUCACAGUCAGAUGAGUACACCCAGGAAGAAGAGUACUCUCAGUCAGACGAGUAUGCCCAGGACGAAGAGGACUCUCAAGAAGAAGAGUACACUCAGUCAGACGAGUACGCCCAGGACGAAGAGGACUCUGAAGAUGAUCCAUACGCGAGACUUUACGACAUCGUUGAUUCGUCGGAGAGUUCUAUUCUUUCUAUGUAUUCCGAUCUAUCGCCCACCGACCAGGCCGUGCUAAGAUUUCCCCUUACGGAACGCUUUCUAAACAAGCACACAUGCGGUUAUGAAGACGCAUAUAUUACUAUACCAAAAGGACCGUACGAGUUUAUGAAAAACCCGAACCAUCCUGCGAUAGAGCUCGCUGACGAGGAUAUUGGCUGCCACGAUGGCUGUCCAGAUCAUGGCAUUUUUGUCCCUCAUGUGAUAAGGGGGAAGCGUACAGUUAACGUCUGGUUUGACCGUCAUUUUACACUGAAAGAUGUCUAUUUGGCGAGUUUUCAUGAUCCCGUCCGUGAGAUUCCUAGGGAUGACGAGGAUCGCCCAGAAGAGUGGCAUGUCGCUGAGCCGUUGUUGUACGGGGCCACGAUGACCUACGAAUUCGCAUAUUUGAAGAAGGCCCACGAGGGCGCUCACAAACGUGAAGCAAUCGAGGGGCUCACAACAGCCGAAAAAGUGAUGCAGAACAUGCGAGAAGGAGAAUUCGAGCACGAUUUUUAUUUGCCCUACUUCCACGGACAGCACUACGAUGUUAUUGUUGCCGCGUACGAGCCGCGGUACAUCCCAUCCGAUGGCCGGUGGCCGCACGAUACGGGCAGGCCGAUCUGGGAAGCGCGAGGGCUUGUUGGACCGGGCCAGGAGGACUGGAGUUGGUGGAACCAGACUCAAAUGGAGUACAACCGGCAGUGGAGAAUGUACCGCUUGCAAGACGAAGCUCGAAUGCAGUAUGUUGCUGAGGUCACGGCUAAUGCUAGGAGGCAGUAUUACGAGGAGGGGAUUCUGCCGCGAAUGUCGAGUAAUGGAUAUGUUGAACUGUUUGUGUGA